AGUUUUUCGUCUUUGGUCUUUCUUCGUUCCCUUGCUCUGCUUUGCGCUUCCUUCUUUCCCGAAGCAGUUUUCUGGGUGCGUGCUAGCUGCUCAGAGCUCAUUGGCUUUUCCUGAGGCAGGACCUUUCAUCACAGAAUCGUAGGCGAAGAUGCAAGUCUGUGGUACCGUUGCGAUGAUGGGUUCUUGGCAACAAUCUGCCUGGACCAAGGUGCUGAAUUUUCCUGCUAAUGGGUGUGACAGUUAUGGGUUCAUUCCUCAAGUAAAGCUCGAUAAUGUGAAGGCUUGUAAAGCAUCUUAUAUUGAAGGAAGUUUGGCGGGUGGGAGACCAUCUCCUCUCUCAGUCUCUAUGCCUAAAAUUGGAGGUGAUGGUAGCAGCUUCCUGGACUAUGGCUUGAGUGAAGCUGAUGCUGAGGUUCAUGCUAUUAUUGGCAAGGAAAAAAACCGGCAGUAUAAAAGCCUUGAGCUUAUUGCCUCAGAAAAUUUUACGUCAAGGGCAGUGAUGGAAGCAGUUGGCUCAUGCCUCACGAACAAGUACUCAGAAGGACUACCUGGCAAGAGGUACUAUGGUGGAAACGAGCACAUUGAUGAGCUCGAAAUACUAUGUCAAGAGAGGGCAUUGGCUGCAUUUCGCUUGGAUGGGAAUAAAUGGGGCGUGAACGUUCAACCCUUAUCUGGAUCUCCUGCUAAUUUUGCGGUUUACACAGCAAUUCUUAAGCCACAUGAUCGAAUAAUGGGCUUGGACUUGCCCCAUGGAGGACAUUUAUCUCAUGGAUUCAUGACUCCUAAAAGGAGAGUAUCAGGCACAUCAAUCUACUUUGAAUCAAUGCCUUAUCGACUUGAUGAAUUGACAGGCCUCAUUGACUAUGAUAUGCUUGAGAAAACUGCUAAUCUCUUUCGACCAAAACUCAUCAUUGCUGGUGCUAGUGCUUAUCCUCGAGACAUUGACUAUCCACGGAUGAGAAAAAUUGCAGAUGAAGUAGGGGCUUUUCUUAUGAUGGACAUGGCUCAUACUAGUGGACUUGUUGCUGCUGGUGUGGUUGCUGAUCCCUUUGAAUUCUGUGAUAUUGUGACAACUACAACCCACAAGUCUCUAAGAGGUCCAAGAGGUGGUAUGAUAUUCUUCAAAAAAGAUUCUGUGCAUGGUGUUGAUCUAGAGGCUGCCAUUAACAAUGCCGUUUUUCCAGGCCUACAGGGCGGUCCUCAUAAUCACACAAUUGGAGGAUUGGCAGUUUGUCUGAAGUAUGCCCAGUCCCCAGAAUUUAAGGUUUACCAAAACCAGGUAGUCUCUAACUGUAGAGCUCUAGCCAAUCGAUUAAUUGAACAUGGCUACAAAUUGGUUUCUGGUGGAAGUGAUAAUCACCUGGCUCUUGUUGAUCUGAGACCAUCUGGUAUUGAUGGUGCUCGGGUGGAGAAAAUUCUCGACAUGGCCUCUAUAACUCUCAACAAAAAUUCAGUGCCUAGUGAUAAAAGUGCCUUGGUUCCCGGAGGCAUUCGCAUUGGAUCACCGGCAAUGACAACAAGAGGACUGGGAAAGGAAGAGUUUGUUCUGAUCGCAGACUUCAUUCAUGAGGGUGUACAGAUUACACUUGAAGCCAAACAUUUGGCUUCAGGAACAAAGCUUCAAGACUUUAUGAGGUUUGUAUCAUCCUCUGAAUUCCCUUUGAAAGACCACAUUUCAAGUCUGCGUGAGAAAGUCGAAGCCCUUGCUACUCGAUAUCCAAUUCCUGGAGUCUAAAAUGGUGUAUUGAGAACCAAUAACUAGGAAUCUGUCGGAGAAAUUUUGGGGGAUCUGCAUGUUAGGUAAUGCUAAUAAAGUAUUUUCUGCCAUCAAGCAGGGCAAAUUGUAUCACUUGGUUCCAAAAAUGAGUUUUUUUUUUUUUUUUUUAUAUCAGUCAAAUUUUACGUUGACGGUGAUAUACAGAACGGUAGUUGGGAGCCGGAACGAUGUUCGAUGAUCCUGAUCCGGACAAACCUUUGUCCAAUAAUGACAUGUACCUUGAUGACUCUACCUUAUUUCUUAAAUUUAUAAUUUUUUAAAA